CCUCGCUCUGAGUUCCAAGUCCCAGAAAUGUUUUUUUUUUGUCAAUAGCAAGUUGUCCUUUGCAGUGGAGGCAGCAUAGAGAAUAAACUGUUGUGUCCUGCAGCGUCAGAGGACCUUACCACAGCGAUCCCCGCCGCAGCGCCCGGCUCUCCAGACCCUCGGCCCCCGGCCCUUGGCUGCCGCACAUCCAUCUAGGAGGACCCGCCGCCAGCAGCUCCCUGCCGCCGCAGCUAUGCCAACCAGCGGGACGGUAACCCGCGGGAGCACCCGCCUGAGGAUUACACAGUAGUGAGGAAGACAUCCGGUGAGUGUGAGACGCCCUGUAACCGUUCCUGUGUGUCAGGAGGAUUGAGCAGGACCCAGAGCCCCAUCACGGUGCCUCCACCUCACUCACUGAUGCAUGCGAGAGACAAUGAGCAGAAGAUCCUGGAACUCACCAACAAGAUCAUUCAGCUGCUGACUGGAGAGGAGGGGGGAAUAUAUAGAGGAACACAAGGGUCUGUACAAGGACGUGAUGAUGGAGAAUCACCUGCCCCUCACAUCACUGGAUGGACCCAGUAACAGGAAUACCCCAGAGAGAUGUCCCUGUCCUCUGUAUUCCCAGGAUUGUACAGGAGAGAACCCCAGGAUCCCACAGGAGGAUCAGGAUGAAGACCUGACUAAUAUAAAGGUAGACGAUACAGAGGGAGAAGAUGAGACGUAUGUGAGGGGUGAUCAUCAGUGUAAGGAGGAGGAAAUCCCUACAGAUAUCAGCUCAGAAGGACCCAGUAACAGAGAUACCCCACAGAGAUGUCCCUGUCCUUUUAAUUCUCAGGAUUAUACAGAGGAGAAUCACAGGACCCCACAGGAGCAUCAGGGGGAAGUUCUCCCUGAUAUUAAGGGAGAAGAAGAGACAUAUGUGAGGGGUGAUCAGCAGUGUAAGGAGGAGGAAAUCCCUACAGAUAUCAGCACAGAUGGAGCCAGUAACAGAGAUACCCCAGAGAGAUGUCACCAUCCUCAUUCCCAGGACUGUACAGAGGAGAAUCACAGGACCCCACAGGAGAGUCCGGGUGAAGGUGUGAUUGAAAUUAAGGUAGAAGAAGAGAUGUAUGUGAGGGAUGAUCAGCAGUGUAAGGAGGAUGAAAUCCCUACAGAUAUCAGCACAGAUGGACCCAGUAACAGGGAUUCCCCAGAGAGAUGUCCCCAUACUCUAUAUUCACAGUAUUGUACAGAGGAGAAUCACAGGACCCCACAGGAGGAUCAGGUUGGAGGUCUGAGUGAUAUCAAGGUAGAAGAUAUAGAGGGAGAAGAAGAGACGUAUGUGACUGAUAUAAAGGCAGAAGAUAUAGAGGGAGAAGAAGAGACGUAUGUGAGUGAUAUUAAGGCAGAACAUAUAAAGAGAGAGGAGACGUAUGUGUGGGAUGACCAGCAGUGUAAGGAGGAGGAAAUCCCUACAGAUAUCAGCACAGAUGGAGCCAGUAACAGAGAUACCCCAGAGAGAUGUCACCAUCCUCAUUCCCAGGACUGUACAGAGGAGAAUCACAGGACCCCACAGGAGAGUCCGGGUGAAGGUGUGAUUGAAAUUAAGGUAGAAGAAGAGAUGUAUGUGAGGGAUGAUCAGCAGUGUAAGGAGGAUGAAAUCCCUACAGAUAUCAGCACAGAUGGACCCAGUAACAGGGAUUCCCCAGAGAGAUGUCCCCAUACUCUAUAUUCACAGUAUUGUACAGAGGAGAAUCACAGGACCCCACAGGAGGAUCAGGUUGGAGGUCUGAGUGAUAUCAAGGUAGAAGAUAUAGAGGGAGAAGAAGAGACGUAUGUGACUGAUAUAAAGGCAGAAGAUAUAGAGGGAGAAGAAGAGACGUAUGUGAGUGAUAUUAAGGCAGAACAUAUAAAGAGAGAGGAGACGUAUGUGUGGGAUGACCAGCAGUGUAAGGAGGAGGAAAUCCCUACAGAUAUCAGCACAGAUGGACCCAGUAACAGAGAUACCCCAGAGAGAUGUCCCCGUCCUCUUUAUUCCCAGGACUGUACAGAGGAGAAUAACAGUAUCCCACAAGAGGAUCAGGGCAAAACCCUGUCUAAUAUUAAGGUAGACUAUAAAGAGGAUGAGGAGACGUAUGUGAGGGGUGAUCAGCAGUGUAAAGAGGAGGAAAUCCCUACAGAUAUCAGCACAGAUGGACCCAGUCACAGGGAUACCCCAAAGGGAUGUCCACAUCCUCUUCGUUCCCAGGACUGUACAGAGGAGAAUCACAGGACCCCACAUGAGGAUCAGGGGGAAAACCUGUCUAAUAUUAAGGUAGAAGAUAAAGAGGAAGAAGAGACAUGUGUGAGGGGCUAUCAGCAGUGUAAGGAGGAGGAAAUCCCUACAGAUAUCAGCACAGCAGAUGGACACAAAAGCAUUAAUACGCCAGAGGGAUAUCUAAUUUUGUCUCAAGAUUUUAAAACCGAAGAUCCCAAAUUCACAAGAAAUUCUCCAGAAGAAACCUGCAUUACCCUAACUAAACAUCCAGUUCUUCCAAGUGCAGAUAAAUCACUUGCUAUCUCUAAUCUUGAGGACAUUUCUCCUGAUAACCCAGAUAUUGUUACACAUAGUACAGCUCAUACAGAUGGACCCAGUCACAGGGAUACCCCAGAGAGAUGUCCGCAUCCUCUUCGUUCCCAGGAUUGUACAGAGGAGAAUCACAGGACCCCACAGGAGGAUCAGGGGGAAAACCUGUCUAAUAUUAAGGUAGAAGAUAAAGAGGAAGAAGAGACAUGUGUGAGGGGUGAUCAGCAGUGUAAGGAGGAGGAAAUCCCUACAGAUAUCAGCACAGCAGAUGGACACAAAAGCAUGAAUACGCCGGAGGGAUGUCUCAUUUUGUCUCAAGAUUUUAAAACCGAAGAUCCCAAAUUUACAAGAAAUUCUCCAGAAGAAACCUGCAUUACCCUAUCUAGACAUCCAGUUCGUCCAAGUGCAGAUAAAUCACUUGAUAUCUCUAAUCUUGAGGACAUUUCUCCUGAUAACCCAGAUAUUGCUACACAUAGUACAGCUCACACAGGUGCUAACAUUUUUCCCUGUUCUGAUUGCUCUAUAAAACAAUUACCACAGUCAGUCUUUAUUAGGCAGAAGAGAACUUACACAGUUAAGAAACCAUUUCCAUAUGAGUGUGGGGAAUGUUUUCUAGACAAACCAACUACAAUUAGAUAUGAGAGAGAUCACACAGGUGAGAAACCAUUUUCAUGUGCUGAAUGUGGGAAAUGUUUUGCACAUAAAUCAAAUCUUGUUGGGCAUGAGAGAAGUCACACAGUUGAGAAACCAUAUCCAUGUUCAGAGUGUGGGAAAUGUUUUACACACAAAUCAGAACUUGUUAUUCACAUGAGAACUCACACAGGUGAGAAGCCAUUUCUAUGUUCUGAGUGUGAAAAAUGUUUUGCAUGUAAAUCACAUCUUGUACAUCAGAGAAGUCACACAGGUGAGAAACCAUAUCCAUGUUUAGAGUGUGGGAAAUGGUUUACACUUAAAUCCGAACUUGUUACACACAUGGGAACUCACACAGGUGAGAAGCCAUUUUCAUGUUCUGAAUGUGGGAAAUGUUUUACACACAAGUCAAAUAUUGUUACACACAUGAGAACUCACACAGGUGAGAAGCCAUUUCCAUGUUCUGAAUGUGGCAAAUGUUUGACAACAAAAUAUAAACUUGUUAGACAUCAAAGAACUCACUCAGGUGAGAAGCCAUUUCCUUGUGCUGAGUGUGGUAAAUGUUUUAACCAGAAAUCAUAUCUUGUUGUACAUCAGCUAUCUCACACGGGAGCUAAACCAUUUUUAUGUUCUGAAUGUGGAAAAAUGUUUGCACAUAAAUCAAAUCUUGUUAGGCAUGAGAGAAGUCACACAGGUGAAAAAACAUAUCCAUGUGCAGAGUGUGGGAAAAGUUUUACAAACAAAUCAGAACUUGUUAUUCACAUGAGAACUCACACAGGUGAGAAGCCAUUUCCAUGUUCUGAGUGUGGGAAAUGUUUUACACUUAAAUCAAGUCUUGUUAUACACCAUAGAAUUCACACAGGUGAAAAACCAUAUCCAUGUUCAGAGUGUGGGAAAUGUUUUACACACAAAUCAGUACUUUUUUUUCACAUGAGAACUCACACAGGUGAGAAGCCAUUUCCAUGUUCUGAGUGUGGGAAAUGUUUUACAAAUAAAUCACAUCUUCUUGUACAUCAAAGAACUCAUACAGGAGAGAAAACAUUUUCAUGUUCUCAAUGUGAGAAAUGUUUUGCACAAAAAUCACAUCUUGUUAUACAUCAAAGAACUCAUACAGGAGAGAAACCAUUUUCAUGUUCUGAGUGUGGGAAAUGUUUUGCAAUGAAAUCACAUCUUACUACACAUCAGCUAGCUCAUACAGGUGAGAAACCGUAUCCAUGUUCUGAAUGUAGGCAAUGUUUUGACCGUAAAUCAACUCUUAUCCUACAUAAGAGAAGUCACACAGGUGAGAAACUGUAUCUAUGUUCUGAAUGUGGGAAAUGUUUUGACCGUAAAUCAACUCUUAUCCUACAUAAGAGAAGUCACACAGGUGAGAAACCAUUUUCAUGUUCUGAGUGUGGGAAAUGUUUUGCACAUAAAACACAUCUUACAACACAUCAGAGAAUUCACUCGGGGGAAAAAACAUUUAAAUGUUCUGAAUGUGGGAAAUGUUUUAUAGAGAGAAAAGGUCUUGUUGUACAUCAGAGACAUCACACAGGUGAGAAACCAUUUCCAUGCUCUGAGUGUGGGAAAUAUUUUAUAGGAAAACAAACUCUCGUUGAACAUGAGAGAACUCACACAGGUGAGAAACCAUUUUCAUCUAGAAACAAAAUGGAUUCUCUUAUGCUUUUGGACUAUAAUGGUGAAAUUGAGGUCACCUUUGAUAUUGUGAUUAUUAUGUUCGAUGGUAAUAAAAUUCUUGGCAGUAAUAUCACACAUCAGACAGCUUCUGUUACCAUCCAAGUGGGAAUUCUUCAUCAGGAACGCAUUAAGUUUCUCAUCAUUCCUAAAUCUUCUUACGACAUUGUGCUAGGGUUGCCGUGGUUACGACUCCACAAUCCUCGCAUCAAUUGGGCCUCACUUCAGAUAGAGGAAUGGAGUGAUUAUUGCCAGAAGCAUUGCACCAGUGAAGUAACUCCUAUCCGGUCUACUAAGAUUAAGCCCUUGCCUGGCCUACCCACAGCAUAUGAAGAAUUUUGUGAUGUUUUCAGUGAACAGGCUGCUGAUGUGUUACCUCCUCAUCGUAAAUGGGAUUGCCCCAUUGACCUUCUUCCCGGAAAGUCCCCUCCUAAGGGGCGCACAUACCCACUCUCUGUACCCGAGACUAAAGCAAUGUCCGAUUACAUUCAGGAAAAUCUGCAAAAAGGUUUCAUCCGCCCUUCCUCCUCUCCCGCUGGAGCAGGUUUCUUCUUUGUGAAAAAGAAAGAUGGAGGCCUACGUCCCUGCAUUGAUUACAGAGGCUUAAACAACAUAACAGUCAAGAACACCCUGACCAAAAAAGGAGCAAAUCCCGCCGCCUGGUCUGAAGAAGCCUUGUCCUCAUUCCAUCUGCUAAAACAAGCCUUCAUCUCGGCACCUAUUCUCCAGCAACCACACCCUGAUAAGCCCUUUUCCCUUGAGGUUGAUGCCUCUAAUGUGGACCACAAGAACUUGCUCUACCUCCAAGCGGCCCAAUGCCUGAAUCCUCGCCAAGCCCGCUGGUCAUUAUUCUUCUCGCGUUUUGAUUUCAAGAUCUUGUAUCGUCCAGGCUCCCAGAAUGUAAAGGCGGAUGCGUUAUCACGGUCCAUGGAGGAAAAUGUUCAGCCUCAUGACCAGCGUCCCAUCAUCAGUCCCACUGCCUUUGCCACCACUCACGUGUCUCCUGUGCCACCUCCAGGGAAAAUAUAUGUGUCGCCUGAACUUCGGCCGAAGUUAUUAUCCUGGGCUCAUGCCUCACCAUUUUCUGGUCAUCCUGGGGUUCUCAAGACACUUGAACUUGUUCGUCGCUCUUACUGGUGGCCCAAAAUUAGGAAAGACGUCCAAGAUUUUGUGGCCUCUUGUUCCACAUGUGCCCAACAUAAACGUACCACCCCCAGUCCAAUGGGCAAACGGAGAAGGGCUACGGGUUAUUCACCAUUCUAUAUUGUGUACGGUCAACAUCCGCGUCCACCUAACUUCGAGGCGCUACCAGCUUUAGAAGUGCCAGCUGCAUCUUCUACACUCAAGCACUUCUCUCUAGUUUGGAAAAAUGUCCAUGUCUCGCUCAAGAAAGCUUCCAAGCGAUAUAAAAUCUUUGCUGAUCGCAAACGGCAAGCUGUUCCUCUGCUGAAACCUGGAGACAAAGUUUGGCUCUCCACUCGGAAUCUACGUUUAAGGGUUCCUUCCAUGAAGUUUGCCCCUCGAUUCAUAGGCCCAUACUCCGUGGAACAAAUGAUUAAUCCUGUGGCAUACAAGUUAAAACUACCAGCCUACCUGAGAAUACCUAAUUCUUUCCACAUCUCUUUGCUGCGGCCUCUCAUUCUUAACCGCUUCCAAAAAUCUUCCCCUGAGUCCCCCAGAGUCUACACCCGUCGAGGAGUUGAGUUCGAGGUCAAUAAAAUUGUGGAUUCUCGACAGAGAUAUGGGCAUAUCCAGUAUCUUAUCGAUUGGAAGGGCUAUGGCCCAGAAGAGAGAAGCUGGGUUAAUGCCUCUGAUGUUCACGCUCCUCGUCUGAUCUCAGCCUUCCACAGGGACAAUCCUUCCAAGCCUCCUAGAAACAAAAUGGAUUCUCUUACGCUGUUGGACUAUAAUGGUGAAAUUGAGGUCACCUUUGAUAUUGUGAUUAUUAUGUGCAUGCAUAAUGGGGAUGAUAUCUUAGCUCUCCGCUCCCUUAUUUCGGACUUUAAGGACUCCUUGGAGUCCAAACUGGACAAGGCGGUGGCCUCCAUCAAAACGGACAUCUCUUCCCUUGCUUCCAGAGCCUCAAAAAUGGAAUCCCGUCAGGACCAUUUCCAAAAAGCUCUAAAUGAUACGGGGCGCGAUCUGGACCACAUUGCCUCAGAACUGUCAGAGCUUCGCACUAAAAACCAGGACCUUGAGAACCGCGAACGCAGAUCCAAUAUACGCAUUCGCAACAUCCCGGAAUCCGUCAGUAUGGAUAACCUCGAACCUUAUCUCCACGACCUCUUCUCCUUCCUGAUCCCGGACCUGGGGGCUAUACAAAUCCUUCUGGAGAGGGCUCACCGUGCCCUUCGUUCUAAGCCUAGGGAUGGCGUACCUCCUCGCGAUGUGGUCCUCCGCUUCCUCAAGUUUAAGGAUAAGGAAAGGGUCCUCAACUCCACCCGUGGAAAGCCUUAUGUACUCUACAAUUCUUCUAAACUACAGUUCUUUCAAGAUCUGGCCCCUCUGACCUUAGCUAAACGGAGAGAACUCCAUAUAGUUCUGCUUCAAGAAACACAUUUUAAGCGUAAUGGCCACCCCAAUCUAUCUUCCAGACGAUUUUCCACUGUGUUGUACUCCUCAAGUGAAUCUAAGCACAACGGAGUCGCUAUCCUGAUAAGCAAUAAACUUCCCUUCACCCAAAGCUCGGUUCAUGUUGACACAGAGGGGAGGUAUAUCAUUCUGGUUGGCAGGCUGGGACACCUGGACGUAACUAUAGCCAACCUAUACGCACCCAACACGGGCCAACAACGGUUUUUGAGAUCAUUUUUCAAAGCCCUCCAGAAACACAGAGCGGGCUAUGUAUUCCUGGGAGGGGACUUCAACGCAGUUCUAGAUCCUCUGCUAGAUAAAUCCGCUCCCCAGAAGCACCCCCGCACCUGUCACAUAUCCGACAUCUUCUCCAAACUUAUUAAAGAGGCAUCUCUCUUCGACACUUGGCGUGCUCUUAACCCAUCCUCCAAGGACUAUACUUUUUUUUCCUGCCCCCAUCAAUCUUACUCCAGACUAGAUUAUCUCUUCUGCAGCCCCCCGGCCUCUAACCACAUUCUGUCCUCUUCGAUUAUCCCCAAUGUCUGGUCGGACCACUCCUCCAUCGCGUCCGCAUUUGAUCUGUUAGACGCCCCAACUUCCCGCCCAUCUUGGCGCCUAAACGAGACACUUCUUAAAAUCCCCUCCUUCAAAUCCAAGAUGGCCGGGCUGCUCAGGGAAUAUUUUUCUUUUAACAAUCCUGAAUCAGGAUGUUCCCCAUUAGUCUGGGAAGCCCACAAAGCUGUCCUCAGAGGCCAUGUAAUCAGCUAUGCAUCUCAUCGCAAUAGGGAACAUAAGACAUUACUCAAGGAUCUCACUGACCAGGUCCAAAACCUAGACUCUCUUCAUAAGCGCAGUCCCACGGACUCAAACUACAAACAGCUUAUGGCAGCCAGGGCAGCCCUCAAUGCACUAAUCACAGAAAAGAUAGAUAAAUCCCUCCGUUGGCUGAACCAGCGAUUUUAUGAGAAAAGCAACAAGGCUGACGCCCUCUUGGCAAAUAGGUUAAAAGCACGAAAAGCCCUCUCCUCCAUAGUCUCACUUAAGGACUCUAAUGGCAACACCCACUAUAAACCCUCAGACAUUAACUCUAUUUUUAAAGAUUAUUACGCCCGUUUAUAUAACUCCCCCGGCAGUUCGUCUUCCCUACCUGACUCAAAUAUGCGAAUUUCCGAUUUCCUGACCUCAUGCUCUCUCCCACAGUUGGAUGCUCCCUCAAUCACUGCACUGUGUAAACCUAUAUCCGACGAGGAAGUAUCGGCUGCUCUUAAACUUCAGAAACCCUCUAAGGCCCCAGGACCGGACGGCCUACCUUUCGCGUACUAUAAAACAUUCGAAUGUGAUCUAGUCCCCCACUUGACGUCUACCUUUAAUAAAAUCCUUAACGGGGAACUAUUUCACAGCGAAACUACUAGAGCACUAAUCACUGUUAUUCCCAAACCUGGUAAGGAUCACCAGCAGGUCUCUAAUUAUCGCCCUAUAUCCCUUCUCAACACAGACCUGAAACUUUUUGCAAAAAUUUUAGCCCUACGCCUGAACCCUCUUCUCCCGUCCCUUAUACACCCCGACCAAGUCGGAUUUGUCCCUACACGCCAAGCUCUAGACAAUACCAGACGCACCAUCAACUUGAUCCAUCAUGCUAAUUCAGUCAAGCUCCCCUCUCUUCUAUUGGCAUUAGACGCGGAAAAAGCCUUCGAUAGGGUUUCGUGGGCCUUCCUCGAUCAAACACUCCGCAGCUUUGGUGUCCGCGGGAAAUUUCUCCAUGCAAUAUCGGCACUUUAUCACAACCCCUCCACUUCUGUGCUAACUAAUGGAAUUCUCUCGGACACCUUCGCCUCUGCCGCGUCACCCCGCAUGGCACAUGAACUUGCUUGGGAUACCAACUUGGGGACACCCCUGGAAGAUGACACGUGGGAAUCUAUCCGACUGAAUAUCUCUAAAUGUUCUAUUAGUGUCUCCAUUAAGGAGAACUCCUACAAAGUUUACACGCGAUGGUAUCUGGUCCCCGAGCGCCUACACCAAAUAUAUCCGAACACUUCUAACCUCUGCUGGCGUCAAUGUGGUCAAGUAGGCUCGUAUUUUCACAUCUGGUGGAACUGCCCGAGAUUAGCCUCCUUCUGGCUUAUGGUCCGUACCCUUAUCCAGUCGCUUAUUCCGGACUGCCCCCUCUUGUCCCCUGAGACGUUGCUCCUGUGUGCCCCAGCCUGCCAGCUAUCCAAACCGGAAAACAAACUAGCUAUGCACAUAGCCUGUGCAGCUAAACUCCAGAUUGCUAAAUCAUGGAAACUCUCCACUCCUCCAACCCGUCCGGAACUCAUGAACCGCGUUUGGUUUGUAGCUAAGAUGGAAUAUCUUUCCUCCUUGAUGAACAACACAGUGGAUAAAUUCCACGGCGUAUGGACACCUUGGUACACUAAAUUCCAGGUUGCCUUCUUUAAACAGUCACCUAAACCCUCUAAACCACAAGAAGCUAGCGCUUCCUCCUCCAGAGGACUUUCUCCUGCUUCGGCUUCUGGCAGUAGUGCUUCCUCCCCGGGUCCAAUCCCUGUCAAGCCUAGCGAUUUGGAUGAUAAUGAUGUGCUCACAGUUGGAUCCAUGAAGGCUCUGCUAUUGUCUUUUAAAGAUGAAGUAGCUGAAGAGUUUAGAGCCUCCCUUCACACGUGUCAACAGACUAUAGACGAAUUUGGUGGCCGGACCGACCACCUCGAGACGAAGAUGGAGGAAGUAGUUGGCUCUCAUAAUGCUCUUAUUACUUCUCACGAUCAAUUGGAAAUUGAGGUCUCUCUUCUGCAGGAUAAGGUGACGGAGAUGGAGGAUAGAUCCAGAAGGAACAAUCUGAACUUGAGAGGUGUCCCGGAGACUGUCUCUAAUAGUUCUAUACAUGAUUACACUAUUUCGCUAUUCCGGAAAUUGACUUCGUCAUUUACUUCAAGUGAUCUCCUGAUAGAUCGUAUACACCACCUACCCAAGGCCAGAAAUGCACCUGCUGAUGUCCCUAGCGAUGUUUUGAUGCAGAUCCAUUUCUUCCACGUGAAGGAGGCGUUAUUGAAGGUGGCUCGGCCGUCCUCGGCUACAGCAGAGGCGAUGGGCUCCCUUCAACUGUUUGGUGACUUUUCCAGGGACUUGUUACUGAAACUGCGUUCUUUUCAGCCUGUCACCAGCGCUCUCAGGAGGGUCAACAUCCCCUACCGGUGGGGAUUCCCCACUAAAUUGCUAAUAUCAAAGGACAGCUCCACGAUUGUUCUCACUAAUGUGCUGGAUGGCAUGAAAAUGUUGGAGAGAUGGAACUUAGUUGGCCCUUCAGACCAUGGCUCUCCAGCUCGUGGUCUUCAACAGGACUGGUCCAAGUAUCAGCCCUCACUUCACGCGGGAGUAGGGAGAUGCUGUGGAAGAACAACCACUUCCGACCAGUGGGUCACAGAGGGAGGAGAGUCAGGUGGAACGCACAGACCGGAAGUAAAUUGGACCGCAAGGCCGGAAGUGAACGCAAAGGUUCGCGUCUUCGAUCUCUUUCGGCAGGGUGAGAGCUGUGAGCCUGUACUACAUAGUGUAUGGCAGAAGAAUAUACUACCCAUAAUCCUCCACCACACACAGUCUCCACCUCAUUCACUGAUACAUGAGAGAGACAAUGAGCAGAAGAUCCUGGAACUCACCAACAAGAUCAUUCAGCUGCUGACUGGAGAGGAGGGGGAGUAUAUAGAGGGACACAAGGAUCUGUACAAGGACGUGAUGAUGGAGAAUCACCGGCCCCUCACAUCACUGGAUGGACCCAGUAACAGAGAUACCCCAGAGAGAUGUCCCCGUCCUCCUUAUUCACCGGAUUGUACAAAGGAGAGUCACAGGAACCCACAGGAGCAUCAGGGGGAAAACCUGUCUAAUAUUAAGGUAGAAGAUAAAGAAGAAGAGAUGGAUGUGAAGGGGGAUCAGCAGUGUAAGGAGGAGGAAAUCCCUACAGAUAUCAGCACAGCAGAUGGACACAAAAGCAUUAAUACGCCAGAGGCAUGUCUCAUUUUGGCUCCAGGUUUUAAGACAGAAGAUGGCAAAUUCACUGGAAAUUCUCCAAAAGAAACCUGCAUUACCCUAACUCUAUAUCCAGUACUUCAAAGUGCAGAUAAAUCACCUGAUACCUCACCUCUUGAUGUCUGUUCUCCUGAUAACGCCGCUAUUGCUACACAUAGAACAGCUCAUACAGGUGCUAACAUUUUUCCCUGUUCCGAAUGUGGUAAAUUUUUCAAUGAUCAGUUAGUCUUUAUUAGGCAUCAGAGAACUCACACAGAUACGAAACCACUUCCGUGUUCUGAGUGUGGUAAAUGUUUUACUAAAAAAUCAGCUCUGGUUUUACACCAGAGAAGUCAUACAGGUGAGAGACCAUUUUCAUGUUCUGAGUGUGAGAAAUGUUUUACUAAAAACUCAGCUCUUGUUACACAUCAGAGAAGUCACACAGGCGAGAAACCAUUUUCAUGUUCUGAGUGUGGGAAAUGUUUUAGUAAGAUAUCAGCUCUUGAUAGACAUCAGGAAACUCACAAAGGUGAGAAACCAUUUCCAUGUUCUGAGUGUGGAAAAUGUUUUACACAGAAAACCUAUCUUGUUACACAUAUGAGAACUCACACAGGUGAGAAGCCUUUUCCAUGUUCUGAGUGUGAGAAAUGUUUUACACAGAAAUCAGGCCUUGUUACACACAUGAGAACCCACACAGGUGAGAAGCCAUUUCCAUGUUCUGAGUGUGGGAAAUGUUUUGCACAUAAAUCAGUUCUUGUUAUUCAUGAGAGAUAUCACACAGGUGAGAAACCAUUUCCAUGUUCUGAAUGUGGGAAAUGUUUUAAGCAGAAAAAGCAUCUGGUCAUACAUCAGAGGCGUCACACGGGUGAGAAACCAUUUUCAUGUUCAGAGUGUAAGGAAUGUUUUAUAGAGAGAAAUGAUCUUGUUGUACAUCAGAGAAGUCACACGGGUGUGAAACCAUUUCAAUGUUCUGAGUGUGGGAAAUGUUUUAAACUGAAAUCAAAUCUUGUUGUACAUCAGAUAGCUCACACAGGUGAGAAACCAUUUCCAUGUUCUGAGUGUGGGAAAUGUUUUGCAAAUAAAGGACUACUUGCUAAACAUCAGAGAAGUCACACAGGUGAGAAACCAUUUCAGUGUUCUGAGUGUGGGAAAUGUUUUGUAGAGAGAAAAGUUCUUGUUGUUCAUCAGAGAAGUCACACAGGUGAAAAACCAUUUCCAUGUUCAAAGUGUGGGAAAUGUUUUACACGGAAACCACAGCUUGUUAUACAUGAGAGAAGCCACACGGGUGAGAAGCCAUUUUCAUGUACGGAGUGCGGAAAAUGUUUUAAAUGUAAAUUACAUCUUGUUAGACAUCAGAGAACUCAUACGGGUGAGAAACCGUUUCCAUGUUCUGAGUGUGGGAAAUGUUUUGCACAUGAAACACAUCUUGUUGUACAUCAAAGACAGCACACAGGUGAGAAACCAUUUCCAUGCUCUGAGUGUGGGAAAUGUUUUAUAGAGCGAAAAGCUCUUGUUAUACAUCAGAUAAGCCACACAGGAAAGAAACCAUUUCCAUGCUCUGAGUGUGGUAAAUGUUUUAUAGAUAGAUACACUCUUGUUGUACAUCAGAGAAUUCACACAGGUGAGAAACCGUUUCCAUGUUCUGAGUGUGGGAAAUGUUUUACCCAGAAAUCAGAUCUCGUUAGACAUCAGAAAACUCACAGAGGUGUAAAACCAGUUUAAUUUGUCGUUGAGUCUGAUAAAUGUUUAUCAUACAGGUGCAUUUUUCUCGGUGAGCUGAUAGACAUCAAUCAUUGUUGCUAUUAUCUAUAUAUUAAUGUUCUAAUUAAUAUUAUCAAUAAAUAGACAUAAAUACAAA